AUGUUUUCAUUGAAAGAAAUCUUUUUUCAACCACUUAAAUGUCAACCGAAUAUCAAUACAUUACAUAUCUAUCGAAAUCCAAUCACAGGAAAUCAAGAAAUCUUUCUUAUCGGCCUCGAUGGUCUCGGCGUGAUUGUUGAAUAUCUGCAAAAGACAAAUGAAUGUAAAGCGUAUUCGGUCUCAUUACAAGAUUUUCAAGCUGAUUGUCGAAUAUUGAGUGUGGAAAUCUUACCGACAACGAAAUACAACACAUCUCCGGCGCUUAUAUAUGGUUAUGCUAAGACAACAGGCAUAUCGAACAGUGACGAUGGUACAAGUUUUUGUUUUGAUCGAGUGCAGAUCGUCGAUAACACUAUUAAAUCGUCUGUACAAAAUCGGUCUUUAACAUUCGCUCCGAAAUUUCUGAAAACAAUCAUAACAAAAAAUUUGACUACGACUGAUAAUGAAGUUAUUCUCGUUGUCGCAGGAGGUGAAAAAUUAGCAUUUUUCAGUGAAAAAAAUGAACGAGUGCUACAAGAUAUUACAAAAAUCAUCGAUUUAUAUCUACCUGAACUUAGUCAUACCAGUGGAGAUGUAUGUGCAAUGGAUAUUGUAACGAUAUCUGACUUGGAAACCAAUCAAUUGAAACAACGGUUAAUCGCAUGUGGUCAUUCAAAUGGUUUACUGAACUUAUACAUAACCGAUGUGCAAUCAGAUGGAACAGUCAAAACUGUACAUAAAACACGUGAAUUUGAUAGUUUUAUCAGUAGUGUCAAGUUCUUUUAUCACAAUCAAAAACCGCUUGAUGGCGAACAGCCACAUCUACUCGUCACUAGUUCUCUUGAACCAGCGUUGAUCUACCGAAAUGUUACGUUGAAUAUCUUUGCUGAUCCAGUCGUUCUUUCCGGUACUGAAACUCAAGAUUGUAUAACAUCGAGUUGCGUUUGCGAUAUUGAUCUCGAUGGAAAAAAUGAAAUUCUAUUGGGUACAUUUGGCAAAUAUUGUUUCAUUUGUCGCGUACCAAUCGAUAAUCGUAAAACCGAUGCUGUUGAAGGAUUAACCUUUGUCGGUGAAACGUUUCCAGUGUGUCGCGCAUUGUCAUUAGCAGCAUCUGCAUACGGUAUUCUUGCAUUUGACCUUACUAACGAUGGUCUUCAUGAAAUCGUUAUUGCUACAACCAAAGGCUUACAUAUAUAUCAAUUAGAAUUGGAUGAAGUAGUGAAAUUAAUUGAAAAUCGCUUAGAAAAGAAAAAACUCGAACAAAAUUAA